CGCGCUGGGAACCAGUGUGCGUGCGGUUAUUUGUUCCCGUAGGACGACUUUCAGCGACGGAACGACGGAUGUCGGAUAGUAUUUUCUAUCAGUUGGAUUGUUUUGUGAAAGCGUUUGGUACUUUACAGAAUGGCAGAGACCAGUGAAAACCUACAGAAAUACGAGGAGCUGUUCGCCCACAGAUUUACAUCGCAGGACCAGGAGUACCAGCAGUACCUGAGCAGACCAGCAGACCCACCACCCAUUGUGGAAGACUGGAGGGGUCGUGCGGGAGGGAACCAGAGAGGCAGGGAUAAUCGGUCCCAAGGGCACAGAGGUCGGGGAUGGGGUAGAGACCGAAGUUGGGGGGACCGUGGCUGGAGAGGAGAACAUCGUGAACAGCAACGCUAUUAUGACAGGGACAGGAACUGGGGACAUGGAAGUGGAUACCAGUCAGGCCCUCCAAACUCCAACCAGGGAUACAACUCCCAUCACAAUAGGCCACGUUAUGACCGUUACUGAUCUCUGUUUUCACACAUAUUGUCAGUAUUUAUGGUGUUAUCAGUGCAUUGCAGUAUUUGGUAACAUGCAUUUAUUUAGCUGUUUAUACUUCUAAAUACUACAAUUUAUGUGACAAAAUUAUAUCUUGAUAGAAUGCAUUUGCUGUACAUUAUAUACAAGUUCAUAUAAAAUAACCUCAAUGAAAGCUAUUAAAUGCAUUGUGUUUAAA